GUCCCGUUCCCGGCGGAGCCAUGUCGGGCUGAGCGCGGGGGGGGGGGACCCGGCCCGGCCCGGCCCGGCCUCCCUCCCUCCCUCCCUCCCUCCUCCCUUCCAUCCUCCCGGGAGCCGCAGCCCGCCCGGACCAGAGCUAUACAAUGUUAGAUGGAGUUAUGAUUCUUCCUGUACUGAUGAUGAUAGCUUUCCCCUCCCCAAGUGUGGAAGAUGAGGAGCCAAAGUUGAAUGCCAUCCUCUACACCUGUGUGUGUGAAGGGCUGUCCUGUGGGAGCCAGCAUCACUGCCAGGGCCAGCAAUGCUUUGUUUCCUUGAGCAUAAACGAUGGCAUCAAAAUCCAUCAGAAAGGCUGCUUCCAAGUCUACGAGCAGAGCAAGAUGACCUGCAGGACGCCGCCCACUCCCGACCAGGCUGUGGAGUGCUGCCAGGGUAACUGGUGCAACAAGAACAUCACGGCCCAGCUGCCCACCAAAGGAAAAUCCUUCCAAGGGGCCUCUUCAUACUACAGCUUGGAAACCAUCGCCAUCGUGUCACUCUGUUCGAUUGUCGUAGUAUGCAUUCUAGGUUUCCUCACCGUGCUGAUGAUUAGAAAACUCCAGAGGUACAAUGAAGAGCGACUCAACCCCAGGGAUGUGGAGUAUGGCACCAUCGAAGGGCUCAUCACCACAAAUGUCGGCGACAGCACCUUAGCACCAAACAGAUCAGAGCUCUCAAUACAGGAUUUAUUGGACCAUACCUGCACAUCGGGGAGUGGCUCCGGCCUUCCUUUCUUGGUUCAAAGAACCGUGGCGCGACAGAUCACGCUCAUGGAGUGUGUAGGAAAGGGCCGAUAUGGAGAGGUUUGGCGGGGCCAAUGGCAAGGAGAGAACAUCGCAGUGAAAAUAUUUUCUUCCCGCGAUGAAAAAUCCUGGUUCAGGGAAACAGAGUUGUAUAAUACUGUGUUGCUAAGACAUGAGAAUAUCUUGGGUUUCAUUGCCUCAGAUAUGACAUCGAGACACUCAAGCACCCAGCUCUGGCUGAUCACGCAUUAUCACGAGAUGGGAUCCUUGUAUGACUACCUACAGCUCACGACACUGGACACAGUGAACUGCCUCCGAAUAGUGCUGUCCAUAGCUAGCGGCCUCGCACAUCUGCACAUAGAAAUAUUUGGUACCCAGGGGAAGCCAGCUAUCUCCCACCGGGACUUAAAGAGCAAAAACAUCCUUGUGAAGAAGAAUGGGCAGUGCUGCAUAGCCGACCUAGGCCUCGCCGUCAUGCACUCCCAGAGCACCAAUCAGCUGGAUGUGGGUAACAACCCCCGCGUGGGAACCAAGCGCUACAUGGCCCCCGAAGUUCUGGACGAAACCAUCCAGGUGGACUGUUUCGACUCGUACAAGAGGGUGGAUAUUUGGGCCUUCGGACUGGUCCUGUGGGAGGUGGCCCGGCGGAUGGUGAGCAAUGGAAUUGUAGAAGAUUACAAGCCUCCAUUCUACGAUGUGGUCCCAAAUGACCCGAGCUUUGAAGAUAUGAGAAAAGUGGUCUGCGUGGAUCAGCAGAGGCCAAACAUUCCCAACAGAUGGUUCUCAGAUCCAACAUUAACCUCUCUGGCCAAGCUGAUGAAAGAGUGCUGGUAUCACAAUCCAUCUGCGAGACUAACAGCCCUGCGAAUCAAAAAGACUUUGACCAAAAUUGAUAAUUCCUUAGAUAAACUGAAAGCUGACUGUUGACAUUUUUUGUGGUGCCGUCAAGAUGGAAGGGUGUUUUUUUUGUUUGUUUUGUUUUGGGUUUUUUGAGGGGGACGGUGGGUGGGGAGGCGGAGGGCGGCAAUCCAUCUUGGAAAUAUGCCGACCUGGUAUACUCGGAACUGCACCCCGCUCCCCCCAAAUGGCUUUGUAGACAUGGUGGAUAUUCUUACCUCGCCAUCGGUGUGGAAGAUGGUGAAACCACCCGGACCUCGCUCAGUGACAAAAAUGGGCAUUUGACAAACUGUUUGUGCUUCAGAGACUUAUGAUGGAUAGACUGUUGCAUAGGUGUUGGUUGAUUGGUUGGUCUGAAGGAACACAGAGAAAUCCUAAGACAAGAUCUGGGCAUUAUGACAAUGGCUUUGAAUAUCUUUCACAGGUCUCCUAGACACUCCCAGAGUGAACAAGAGGAAAUGAUGCAUUUUAAUCAGCAAUAUUGCCUGUGCUUCUUUUCUUUAUUGCACUAGGAAUUCUUUGCAUUCCUUACUUGCACUGUUACUGUUAGUUUUGAAGACCUGACCUGCCAAAAAAAUGACUGGCUAUGUACUCCAUUGAUCUGUGUCUGAAUAAUAGGAAAUCAGGGUGCUGGUCCCAGGGGGGCAGGAGGGGCCGUUGUCCCCAUGGGAUUGGUGCCAAGUGAGAGUUGAGAGGGGUGGAGAGGGUAGAUGGGCGUGGAUAAGCUUUGGCUUUGCCCCCGAGCUUCUGGGGCAGAGCAGGCAGCUGUAACUUGGCAGUCGCAGGUCAGCGCUGGGGCUGAGCUGGUUUCCGGGCUCCAGAGCCACUGUGGAGGGUGGUUAAACCCUGUGGGCUGGCCCAUGUGCCAGGCCUGGAGCCUCAGUCCUUCGCCCCUGCUUCCAUGCCAUCUGCCACCACCUGGCUGGUGACUUUCGCUAUGAUGGUAGUAGAUGAGAUGGCACAACGGUGGAGGACGACUGCUGUCUCUCCUCUGUUCCCUCCCUCUCCCUUCCCUACUCUGCUUUCCUCUUUCUCUUUGUUCUACCUUUCUUUCUCCC